AUGGAACGCUCUUGUGACUUUGGUGCUACGCUGCCCGUGGGCGAUUUGUCUGAAAUGUUUCAGUUGCAGCCAACCGAUGACGAGAUUUUCGACGACUCUGAGUCGGUUGUGUCUUCGGACUCUUCAUCGGGCGACGGGACUGACAACGAAGAAGCUCUACCCAUUGGUGAAGACGGCGAUGACGCCACGCUCCCUCCUUCACCUCAGCAUCAUUCUCCUUCAUUACCUGUUCCUCAUCUAUCGCCUCCAUCUUCAUCACUAUCCGUUUUAUCCAUUCCUCAUUUAUCACUUCCUGCUACUUCUCCUCCUGCCACUUCAUCUCCUGCUUCUUCGCCAUCAUCGUCAACUCGUCUUCGUCCUCGUCGUCCAUUACAACAACCAGUUCGUCAGUCUCAACAUCUUUCCACACUUUCGUCGUCGUCGCAUUCAUCUGAUUCCGAGUCUGAGCCAGCUGCCUCUGUUGAUCGCCGCACUGAUGCACUGGACGUCCUGCAUUUGUGUCACAUUCCACCGGAUGAUGAUUACCAACUACAGUUGCCACCGUUUGCACCACGAAGGCAACCGGGAUUCUACCCUCCCCAACCUUAUCCUACCGAUGCUGUAGGCUUUUUCAAAUUAUUUUUCACUGACGAAAUGAUCGAGAUCAUCAGAAUAAACAGCAACAUCAACGGUGAAGAUAAUUGCAGAAAAAGUUAUAAAGGAAAAUCUGGAGGGCGCCGAGGGGAGGGUAGAUUUCGUCCAGUGACGACUGCAGAGAUGAACUCACUGAUAGGGCUCUUGAUAUACAUGGGACUUGUCAAGGUCCCUGGGCUCUCUGAUUACUGGCGCACAACUUUUCCUUUCUACGGGUUGUGGGCCAGAAGGUUCAUGUCUCGCGAUCGUUUUGAUGCGAUCCUAUCGGUCCUACAGUUGGAAAAUCCUCGUACUGCCAAGGACCGAGAGACUGACCCAUUGAGGAGUGUACGUACAGUCUUUGAAGCUUUGCGUCGUAAUUGCUUGGAAUAUGGUCAGCCUCAUGCCCGUGUCUCACUUGACGAGCGAAUGGUGAAAGCUAAAGGUCGUUUUGCCUUUCGGCAAUACAUGAAAAACAAGCCCGUCAAGUGGGGAGUGAAGUUGUAUUGUGUAUGCGAUUCUAUCUCUGCCUACACAUACAACUUUGAUAUUUACACGGGCAAGGAAACGCGUCAACCAUCAGUGGCGGCGACAGCAGGAAUGACAACAGCAACAGCAGCAACCACAUCAGCUGGCUCAGAUCGGAAACGACAGAAGACGAUAUGUCAUGCAGCGGAUGGCACAAGUGUGAUCCAUCGUACAGUCAUGCGUAUGAUGGAUCCUCUCCUUGAUCAGGGGUACAUCGUAUACACAGAUCAAUACUAUACAUCGGGACCUUUGUUCAAGGAGCUCUACAACCGGGGUACAAUGGCCUGUGGUACAGUCCAGAUAAACAGGAAGGGUGUUCCUCCAGACGUGAAGAACACAUGUGUGUUCGCAAAAUCACCACGCGGUUCAUUUCGUUAUGCACGCGAUGGUCCACUCUGUACCAUCCAAUGGGUGGACCGGAACGUGGUGACACUCAUGAGCACCCUUCAUUCUGGACACCAUCAUACUCCCUGCACAAGAUUUACUAAGGAUCGCGCAAAGUAUGAUGGGUAUCGCAGGAUCACUAUUUCCAGACCUGAGGCUAUUUCUGACUACAAUGCACACAUGGGAGGGGUCGACAAGUCGGACCAGAUGAUAAAAUAUUAUGAAGUUCUGCACAAGAGCCUCAAGUACUGGAAGAAGAUCUUUCUGCACAUGAUUGACUUAGCUAUACUCAACAGCUUCAUCAUGUUUACUGCCCUUCAAAAACAACAUCCUCAAGAUGAACGUCUCCAGAGGAAAGGGCAGUAUGCGCAGAAAGACUUCAGGUGUGAGCUUAUCCGAGGGUUGGCAGGAAUUGACACUAAGGAACCUUUAGCACAGUAUAGUUUUUUGACAAAAAGAAUGGUACAGGUUCCCACACCAACACCACAACAACAGAAACGACAACAAGAAGAAGAAGAACAACAACAACAGCAAAUCCAGCAAUUGCAAGUACUAAUUCGACAACAACAAGAAAAAAUACAACAACAACAACUUAUACAAGAACAACAGCAACAACAACUCGUACAACAACAUCAACAAAUGCAACAACAACAACAAGUACAUACACAACAAGAACAACACAUUCAACAACUACAAAUCGUACAACAACAGAUGCAACAGCAACUCAUACAACGACAACAACGUAUAGAACAACAGCAACAACAAUUCGUACAACAACAUCAACAAAUGCAACAACAACAACAACAAAUACAACAACAACAACAACAAAUGCAACAACAACAACAACAAAUACAACAACAUCAACAACAAAUACAGCAAUUGCCAGACCCUCGGUAUAGCUCACACAUCCCGGUUGUAGCAGAGGGGUUAGUACGUUGCAUUGUUUGCCGAUCUCAAGGCAGGAAGAAUACGAAGACCAGGUAUCGAUGCCAAGAAUGCAACGUCCCCCUCUGUGUGUCAUCCGCUGAGCGACAGUGCUUUCAGACUUACCAUACGGAAGGAUAUGAUCGUGACAUUUGACUGUAUAUACCUGUGUCUCUCUAUAUAGGAGAGCUGUCUCUCUGUGUGUAUGUGUUAUAUUGUUUGUUGUGUAUACUUUCAUAGUUUAUUGAUUGUAUUGUAUAGUUUUAUUUAUAUAGUGUUGUAGAGAUGGGUGAUAUGUGUGUUAUAUUUUAGUUUGUAUAUAGUACCAGUUUGGGGUUUCAUUUAGUGUUGAUUAGGUGUAUAAUUGAAACAGUGAAGUCACUGCUGCAACUAUUUUGUACUAUUUUAGCAGUUUGCAUAGAAUUAUUUUCUAAAUUCAACUUGACAUCGAUUGUGAUGUAGAAUUUUGGUAGCACUAGCUGAAU